ACUGUCACUGUCACGUGACAGCUGAAUCCGGAAAACAGACGGCUGGUGGGCAGACAAAGCAAACGUCCGCCAUGACAGCCAUCAAGCACGCCCUCCAGAGGGACAUCUUCACGCCCAACGACGAGCGCCUCCUCGGCAUUGUCAACGUCUGCAAGGCGGGGAAGAAAAAGAAGAACUGCUUCCUGUGCGCGACGGUCACCACGGAGAGGCCGGUCCAGGUGAAAGUGGUCAAGGUGAAGAAAUCCGACAAAGGGGACUUCUACAAGCGGCAGCAGACGUGGGAGCUCCGAGAUCUGAUGGAAGUAGACGCCAAAGAUGCCAGCAAGGAGAACCCCGAAUUCGACCUUCACUUCGAGAAGGUGUACCGCUGGGUGGCCAGCAGCGCGGCCGAGAAGAACUCCUUCAUCUCCUGCAUCUGGAAGCUGAACCAGCGGUACCUGAGGAAGAAGGUGGAGUUUGUGAAUGUCAGUUCUCAGCUGCUGGAAGAACUUCCUAAAGCGGAAGAGUCGGUGCCGAGCGGAGAGAGUCAGAGUGUUGCCGGGGGCGACGAGGACGCCCUGGACGACUACCAGGAGCUGAGCGCCCGCGAGGAGCAGGACAUCGAGGGCAUGAUGGAGAUGUGCGAGUACGCCGUCUCCAACGCCGAGGCCUUCGCCGAGCAGCUCUCCAGAGAGCUGCAGGUCCUCGACGGGGCCAAUAUCCAGUCCAUCAUGGCGUCGGAGAAGCAGGUGAACAUCCUGAUGCAGCUGCUGGACGAGGCGCUGGGCGAGGUGGACACCAUCGAGGGAAAGCUCAGCAGCUACGAGGAGAAGCUGCAGAGCGUCAAGGAGCAGAUGGACCAGAUCUCCCAGAGCAACCGCCUCAUCCAGAUCAGCAACACCAACAACGUCAAGCUGCUGGACGAGAUCCAGUUCCUGGUGAACUACAUGGACCUGUCCAAAGGUCACAUCCGAGCGCUGCAGGAGGGGGACCUGACCUCCCCCAAAGGCAUCGAGGCCUGCAUCAACGCGUCCGAAGCGCUCUCUCAGUGCAUGAACGUGGCCCUGCGGCCCGGUCACGACAAGCUGACGGCUGUGACGCAGCAGCAGCUCCUGUUCGCCGAGCUGAGGGACACCUUCGCCCGGCGCCUCACCAACCACCUCAACAACGUGUUUGUUCACCAGUUCAACCACUUCAGUCACUUCAAAAUGACCAUCCCUCAGUUCUAUAGGUCCUCCUGUCUGUCGCUUCCAGGCCACGACCAGAGCUCCACGCUGUCCCAGCACACGGAGAUGAGCCUGCCCAAACACAGCCCCCUCCACCGGGACCUGCUGCGCUACGCCAAGCUCAUGGAGUGGCUGAAGAACACCCACCGGGAGAAGUACGAGGGCCUGUCCAGGACCUACGUCGACUAUAUGAGCAGAUUAUACGAACGAGAGAUCAAAGACUUCUUCGAGGUGGCCAAGAUAAAGAUGGCGGGUACGAGCAAGGAGGCCAAGGGCAAGUUCGCCACGCUUCCGCGGAAAGAGAGUGCACUGAAACAGGAAACGGAGAGCCUGCACGGCAGCUCUGGGAAGCUGACGGGCUCGACCUCGAGCCUCAACAAGCUGACCGUGCAGGGCGCCAACAGCCGGCGCUCCCAGUCCUCCUCGCUGCUGGACAUGGGCAACAUGUCCGCAUCGGACCUGGACGUCGCCGACAGGACCAAGUUUGACAAGAUCUUCGAGCAGGUCCUCAGUGAGCUGGAGCCGCUCUGUCUCGCCGAGCAGGACUUCAUCAGCAAGUUCUUCAAGCUGCAGCAGCACCCGGCGGUGAUGCCCCCGCUCGCUCAGCCUGAGACGGAGGAAGCGGACGGAGGCACCGCGUCGAGGAUUCCUCCCCAGGCCGAACACAGACAGUCUCUCUCCUCAGAGAAAGACCUCGUGCGGCUGAUGAUGAAUAAGAUCUUUCAAAGCAUCGAGACCGAGCUCAACAGUCUCAUCGCCCUGGGCGACAAGAUCGACAGCUUCAACUCUCUGUACAUGCUGGUGAAGAUGAGUCACCACGUGUGGACGGCCGAGAACGUCGACCCGGCCUCUUACCUCAGCACCACCCUGGGCAACGUGCUGGUCACGGUCAAGAGGAACUUUGACAAAUGCAUUUCGGCUCAGAUCAGACAGAUGGAGGAAGUGAAGAUUUCUAAGAAAAGCAAAGUGGGAAUCCUCCUUUUUGUCACGGGGUUCGAGGAGUUUGCCGAGCUGGCCGAGACCAUCUUCCGUAACGCUGAGCGCCGAGGAGACCUGGACAAAGCUUACGUGAAACUCAUCAGGGCCGUCUUCAUGAAUGUGGAGAAGGUCGCCAACGAAAGCCAGAAAACUCCGCGGGACGUCGUGAUGAUGGAGAACUUCCACCACAUCUUCUCCACGCUGUCGCGUCUGAAGAUCUCCUGCCUGGACGCAGAGCGGCGAGAGGCCAAGCACAAGUACACCGACCACCUGCAGUCCUACGUGAUCAACUCUCUGGGCCAGCCGCUAGAAAAGCUCAACCAUUUCUUCGAAGGAGUCGAGGCCCGCGUGGCUCAGGGCGUCCGUGAGGAGGAGGUGAGCUACCAGCUGGCCUUCAACAAGCAGGAGCUGCGUAAAGUCAUCAAGGAGUAUCCCGGCAAGGAGGUAAAAAAGGGACUCGACAACCUCUACAAGAAGGUUGACAAACAUCUGUGCGAUGAAGAAAGUCUGCUGCAGGUGGUGUGGCACUCCAUGCAGGACGAGUUCAUCCGACAGUACAAGCACUUUGAGGACCUGAUCGGCAGAUGCUACCCUGGGUCUGGAAUCACCAUGGAGUUCACCAUCAGGGACAUGUUGGAGUACUUCUCCAGCAUUGCUCAGUCCCACUGAUCUGAUCUGCACUUUCUCCAGGAGGGGUUCCCUCCAGGCUCACAUUGGCCCAUGAUCACUAGCUACUCACUAACUAUCCUGUACUGUUAUUGUUGUUUUGUUAUUGGACAAUGAACAUUUCAUCUGUGUGUGUCAGUGUAUUCUAAUGAAAUGGAUUUUUACACUUAUAUAUAUGCACACAUGUUUCUGCACGUGUGUGAGAGUGAGUUGGUUUCUUUGCAAUUCAACAGACCUGCCCUAAAUAUGUUCAUUAUAUUUGUAUUCUUUAUGCCAUAUGUACAUAAUAAAUUUGCUGCGUCCAA